AGGGGGCGGCAUAACAGAUGACAUCCGGUUUGAUGACACAAUAAACAGUCAGAGGCGACGAAUGACAGCAGCAGGCGAGGAGAGGUUGCGUCAUAGUCACUACCAGAGCUCCAGCAUGCAUAGUUUGUUGGUCCAAGCUCUUGCUAUGAGGCAGCUAGGAAGGCUGAACCCGCGCCACCUGCUAGCUGCUGGUUACGGACCUGCACAGACCGAAUGGUGUCCCAGAACCAUCCAUACACGCCAGCUGUGGGGCUGCUCCACUUAUUCCGCACUGGGUUGCACAAGGACGGCUCUCUGUAGCAGGGAUGCUGUCAGAAGAUGGACUGUCCAUCAGCUGAGGUUCAAAAGCAACAAAAAGAAAGGUGCUGCUAAGCCAAUACAAGAAGAAGAAGAAGAAGAAGAGGAUGAAGAACAAAACCCUGAGAGCGAUUAUGAAGAUGAAGUGGAGGAGGACCCAAACAUACUAAAGGACUAUAAAGACAUUGAAAAAUAUGUAGAGUCCUUGCGUUAUGAUGCCAUUUUGCGAGCCGGCCUGGACGUAGCACAUAAUAAAAUCGAAGACAGCUUUUACAGCAACAAUCUCCGACUAAAUGGACAACCCCUCAUCAAGAAAAGUAAAACGGUAAAAGUUGGGGACACUUUGGACAUGGUGCUGUCAGAGAACUCAGGUGCAAAGACUGUUACUCUAAAAAGAGUCAUCCUCAAAAAGUUUCUGGGUAAAUCCAACAAUGCGGAAAAGCACAAAAUUUCCUUACGGCGGUGGAAGUUUAUAGAGUUACCGCAGGAUGAGGCCUUCAAGCCUCGAAGCCCAGUAUGAAUGGAUUGUAAUUGUAUCGACCGGCGUCAGCAAUGAUACAAUGACACGGUAUCGUAUCCUCAAACAAGUGUCCAGCAAGGAUUAUAGAGGAAAAACAGGUCUGUGAUUUUUGACAUUUAAAAACUGAAGGUAGCGCUUUCCUAUUAUCCAGUAAAUAUGCACUUGGAUAUUC